AUGGCAUUGCCGACGAAACGCAUCUUGACGCUUGAAGCCCAUGCAGCCUUCGCAGCGUCCGACGCACCUCCACCCAGCACACCCACAGAUCUCGCCGCUCAGCUCCGAACCUUGGGGGCACGCAUCCGAAGCAAUGUCGCCCAAGGAUACACAACUCCUGUCUCCAAUCGCGCCUUUGUAAAGGCCAACUCCACUGGGAUCAUUUUUCGGUCCGCCAAUGAUACUUUGCGAGACGUAUACUCAGAUUUUGAACGCGAAUGCCAUCCCUCUACCUCCCAGAAUAAACGAGCCCACUCGGACACUGAUUCUGUGGAUGAAAUGUCAGCCGUUGGCGAGCAACUCAGUAUGGACCUGGAUGAUCGUGAAAAUAAUGAUGCCGUGUCUACGUUAAGCACAGGAGGGGAAACAUCUCUGAGACCCAAGAAGCCAUUGAGACAAUCGCGCAGCCUCAUAUCUCGGACCACCUCCCUACCUGGGAGUUUGAUGAUCUUGAAUUCAAGGGAUCAAACCGCCCUCCUAACACUUGAUCCCGCGCAAGAAGAAGAGGAAGAGGAAGACUGGACUGUUCCGACUAUCUCUUGUCCCUUAGAUCAGAAAUUCGAGCCUAUGCUAUUGUGA